AUGUGUAGAUCGUUAAUCGAAAACUUGAUCGAGCCCGCCCAAAAGGUGUGGUGGGAUUCAGUUAAGACACGACCUCCGUCCGGGCGUCUUGGUUUAAAGCUCGAGGGUGCAGGUAAGGUACGGGUGUUCGCUAUCCCUAACCCGAUCUUGCAAAGGUUGGUGAAACCUUUCCAUGAUUGGGCUAUGUCAGUUCUUAAGACGAUACGAACUGAUGGAACUUUCGAUCAACUACGACCCCUGCACCGGCUGAAAGGAAAGAAAGUGUUAUACUCUUUCGACCUGAAGGCCGCAACGGACAUGCUCCCUAAAAAUCUUACUGGGAGUAUGUUGAAGGGUCUUUUCGGUGAGGAAAUAGGGUGUGUCUGGUUCGACAUAAUGAACGAGACCGCUUUUAGAUCCCCGGAAAAACUCCGAAACCCGAAGAAAGCGAGGGUAUACCGCUUUACUAGGGGCCAACCUCUGGGCUACUACUCAUCGUGGCCGCUGUUCACGCUAACACAUCAUAUGUUAGUGUGGCAUGCAGCCUAUCGGGUAAAGCCGAUGAAGCGAUUCUGGGACUACGCUAUCCUUGGUGAUGACUUGGUCAUCGCCAAUGAGGCGGUAGCCCUUGCUUACAGGGACAUUAUGGAAGAAGCAGGAGGGGUAAUUAAUAUGAAGAAAUCCCUCAUCUCCCAUAAUGGUACCUGCGAGUUCGCUAACCGCUUCAUAGUGAAUAACCAUUUGUCAACCCGAUCGGAUUGUAGCCCGGUCAGUUUGGCAAAUGUUCUUUUAGCGUAUAGCGCGCUCUCAGCGAACGCCUUCAGUGUGUUAGGACUUAGGCGCAAGACUAAUGCCUUUCGCCUGAAAGGGGCUGGUUAUCGAGUACUGUCUCGGGUAGAUAUGAGUUCACCGGUUAAGGUGUUCGGUAGUUUAUCCCGCAGAUGGAAAAGAUGCUGGUUAUCCUUGUCUCCUUCGCCGUAG